UGCAACUACAACUGUUAAUGGUAUGCCUUUGCCAUUUUAGUGUCUGACGGAAACAAAGUCACCCCCUUACUCCCGUAUUUCUUCAUACGAUAGAGCUACAAUGGAAAAAAAGAUUGUGUCAGAUUUCGCGAAAUACCUUGGUGCUGGAAAAGUUAAAGUGGCUUCGGAGAAGAAUGGGGUUGUUGUAGAGGUUGGAGGAAAAAAGUUUUCUGGGUUUGUGUGUGGAGUUUUGAAUCUGAUACGAUUACAAAAGCAGUCUUUAGAAGGUUCCACAGUGCUGCAGAGAUGUCUAACUCAUGACUGGCUGACACAGUGUGCAACAGAUUUAUUCCACUGUUCAACUUAUGAAGAAUUAAACAGUAAUCUACAUUAUAUUGACAAGGAGUUACUAACAAGAACUUAUCUUUGCGGUCAUAUGGUCACUGCUGCAGAUAUUAUCAUGUUCUUGAUUCUUUAUCCAUUUGUUGCAAAAUGGACCUAUCAACAAAAGGUAAGUUUCAGUAUACUAUAUUGUAUUCUUUCAUGUAUACUUGAAAGGUAUUGGAAAGUAUACUUGAAAUGUAUUGGAAAGUGGUGUUUCACGUUCCGUGUAUAUUUGUAAUUGAUAUGCAUCUUU